GGUUGGAGUUCGAGCGAUGACGACUGGCGUGCACGCCUCGCCGCCCUUUCUUUCCCACCUCUAGAUUUUGACGUAGCCCACUCGUCUGAUCAUGGAUCGGAUCACUUAGAAGAGAGGACUAGUUCGGAGGCAUAUAAGUGUGCACACUCUGCUUUUCUCUGUGCACACUUUCUUCCAAUCCUUCCCGCCCUCUAUUAUUACUUCAUCCUGAGCAUAGGCAUACCUGGUUCCAAUAUCCUGCUCGUUUGCGGAUAAGUCGAGUACUUGAAACGAUAACUAGACGGACGUGUCAGACAAGAUACAUACCUAGAAAGGAGAUACUGUGUGAACAAAACAGCACCAAGGAAGAAGAUGAAGCCGUCCGCUACCUUCAUACUCGCCGUCGCCCCGUCGGUCUCCUUCGCACAGUGGUGGAAGGGAGCCCCUGCCUGCGCUCAAUCCUGCCUCUCCUCUGCUUGGCAGAGCCCCAGCGGCACCGUGGCCAGCGGGUGGCCGGAGCAGUCUACCUACUGCGACGGGUCCGGGCCUGGGGUCAGCGCGGCGUCCUGCAUCAGCACCGCGUGCUCCGCCACGUCAACCGCCUACCAGUCGUAUAGUGCGCUCUCGAGCUCCCUGUGCUCCGCUUACGCGGCCUGCACGAGCGCCGGGAGCACCGGCGUCCGCACCAUCACGUUCCCUGGGGGGCCCGUGACCUGGGCCGUGCCCGGCGGCUGGGUCGGCGGCGGCAGCAAGGUGUUCGGCGGCGGCGGCGGCGACGAGUCCAACAACGGCGGCAACGGGACCGAUAGCUGGGACGGGCCCGGAGCGGGCACGGCGACCGACGGCGGCCACCACUACUGGUCGGAGUGGGCGUCGGCGUACGCGUCGUCGCGGACGUGGACGGGCGGCGUCGCGACGGUGACGGGGUGCGCGGCGUUCGGGGGCUCGCCGUGGUUCGUCGGCCCCGGGUGCGGGUGGAACGGGUUCGGCGGGUUCGACGGCUGGGUCGGCUGGGGCAGCGGCUGGAGCUGGGGCCCGACCACGACGCGCACCGUCACGUACACGACGACGGACGCGGCCGACGGCACCGUCACCACCGGCACCGGGCUCGCCGCCGUCGCGCUCGCCGUCAGCGGCACCCUGACCACGAGCACGACGCUCGGCACGCCGACCCCCACCGACGGCGCGGAGAGCGGCGCGGCGCCCAGGCUGGCGGCUCCCGCCGCCGCGCGGCUCGCGAAGGCCGGCGAGGGCUCGGCGGUGACGGCCCUCGUCGGACUCGUGCUCGGCACGGUGGUCGUCGUGGCGGGGAUGCUAUAAGAGGACUUGGAGAGACAGGUGAUGACUCUGCAUACGCACCUAUCCUCCGAGAACGGUGAAGGAGUACGGUAACUAGACAAUGGCCUGCCUUUUUCCAACAUUCCUCGCACUUCUUUCUGUGCCCAGCCUCGCCCCCUCGCCCCCCUUUCCCCUUAGGCGAAAUGAUAUCGAUACACAUUAUCUGUCUUACAUCAUGGUCCCGACUCUCUUUCCCCGUUCCUUUCGGCCUUUUCACCCAAUUUUCAUUUCCUGGUACAUAGAGCAUGCAUCGACUGUUUAGCU